AUGCAGAUGAAGAAAACUGAACGAGAAAAGUGUCCAGACUGCAAGGAAGAGGAGAAUAUCAUAGAAGACUACAAAAAUGGAUAUAACGUGUGCGGUUCCUGCGGCUGUAUUGUGGGAAGCCGAAUCAUCGACGAGCGAGGAGAGUGGAGAACUUUCAGCGACUCUGGAGAAAACCCCAGCAGAGUGGGAGGGCCAAACAACCCGUUCCUGGACUCAGAGCAGCUCGACACUCUGAUAUCGUCUGGCUCUGGCCUGGCAUCCUACAAUCUGGCAAAGACACAGAUGAAGAGCAGCUUGCGCGGCCCAGAAAGAGCUCUGAUAAAUGGCCUCAAUUUGAUCACUGCUUUCUGCGAAAGAAAGAAUCUUUCCAAAACGAUAUCCGAUGCAGCAAAGUACGUUUUUAAGACAGUGGAAGAAAAAAAAGUGCUAAAAGGAAAAAACUUAGAGGGAGUCUCUGCGGCCUGCAUAUACAUAGCCUGCAGACAGGCUGGAUUUGUGCGCACGUUUAAGGAAGUAAGCAUUCUCACAGCAGUUCCAAAAAAGGAAAUAGGGCGCUGCUACAAAGCAAUAUUCCCGCACAUUGAUAAGCUGGCGGUUGUAUCAACAGAAGACAUUGUGGCCAGAUUCUGCUCUGAUCUUACACUGAGCAUAGACAUACAGAAGGUUGCACUGACCAUCAGCCAGCGAGCACAGGAGAUAGGCUGCAUUGCUGGAAAGUCUCCUGACUCCAUAGCAGCGGCCAUCAUCUAUCUGAUCACAUAUCUGUUCCCGAACCAGAGAAAAAUACAAAAAGACAUCCAGAUAGUGACAAAUGUCACCGAUGUAACAAUUAAAAACACGUACAAAGAGCUUCUUCCGUAUAGAUACGAACUGGUGCCCGAGGGCAUUGUGCCAAAAAACAUUCUGGACACUCUCCCCAACUCAUAG